UAAAAAAAAGCAAAAAAACAAGAACUCUGUCAUCAUUUUUGAGCGCAAACACCAACGAACGAAAUUAUUUCCCCUUUCCUUCGAUAUCUAUUACUCCAUAAAAACAAACAAACAGACAGCGGAAUUCCUCCCUCCCUCCCUCUCUCUCAAAAACUAUCUGCCCUCAAUCCUGUAUCUAUUCAUCAAUUAAUCCUUUUUGUUUUUAUUAUUAAAUAAAAAAAACACUUACCUAUCUUCUUCAUAUUUAUUUUGGUUCCUUUUCUUUAAUCCAGUUUUUUUUUCUCCUUUUUACCUUUUGUUUUCCUCACAGCUUUGCGUGUUUUCAUCAUCUAUAUAUUUUUCAAGAAUCGAUAGCAAUAAUAGCAAAAAUCUCUUGAAUUCCAUUCAAAUAUUGAAUCUUGUGUGAAUUCUUGAUCUCUUCAAUGGAUCAAGUAAAGAUGCAUCUUUUGAUUCUUGACUUUUUUUUUGAGUGAAUGAGAGAUAAUGGGAUUAGAAUCUUCUGGUGGAUUCUUGGAUUUCUCAACUAAAGGGUCUCAAAUGGUUACAGUUGUGGAAUCAAUGGAUGAAGUCGGUUCAAAUGAAUUGGAUGAGCCAUCAAUUCCAUGGCGGCCGAGGCAGCUGGCAUUUGGGCAGUACAGGCAGGAGAGGGAACCUGCCAACAAGGAGCAAAUUUUGCGUGUUGUUGUAAGAAGACCUUUGGUUGCAAGGCUAACCAAAGACAUAGUCGAAACAUAUCAGACAUGCAAUCCACAAUUUAAAUAUUCCGAAGAAUUAAAUCCAAAAAGAUAUUUGACCAGCCCAUCAGCUGGAGUCCUCAACGACGGCCAUGAUAAUGUGAACUCAGAUCUUAUUCUGACUGUGAACUUUGCUUUGGUAAAUUUAGACACACAGAGAAGAUACAUAGUCAAGGAUGUUCUUGGUCAUGGGACUUUUGGGCAGGUUGCUAAAUGCUGGGUCGCAGAAACUAACAGUUUUGUUGCUGUGAAGAUAAUAAAAAACCAACCUGCUUACUAUCAGCAAGCUCUGGUUGAAGUAUCUAUUUUGACAACGUUAAACAAGAAGUAUGAUCCUGAGGAUAAGCAUCACAUUGUUCGUAUAUAUGAUUACUUUGUAUACCAGCGGCAUUUAUGCAUCUGUUUUGAACUUCUUGACACAAAUCUGUAUGAGCUUAUCAAGAUAAAUCAAUUUAGGGGGUUAUCAUUGAGUAUUGUCCAAUUAUUCUCUAAGCAGAUUUUACGUGGGUUGGCUCUGCUAAAAGAUGCUGGGAUAAUCCAUUGUGAUCUGAAGCCAGAAAACAUUCUUCUGUGCACAAGUUUGAAGCCGGCAGAAAUUAAGAUAAUUGAUUUUGGAUCAGCAUGCAUGGAAGACCGCACUGUUUACUCUUACAUUCAGAGCCGUUACUAUAGGUCUCCUGAAGUUCUUCUAGGUUGUCAAUAUUCUACGGCUAUUGACAUGUGGUCCUUCGGGUGCAUAGUUGCAGAACUGUUUCUAGGAUUGCCACUUUUUCCUGGUGCUUCAGAAUUUGAUCUCUUGAGGAGAAUGAUUGAAAUACUUGGAGGACAACCCCCUGAUCAUGUCCUAAAAGAGGCGAAGAAUGUUAGUAAGUUCUUCAAGUGCAUUGGGAGUGUCCAGAAUUUAGAGAGUGGUGAAGUUUCUUUGGGAGGAAGAAAUGCAUACCAAGCAUUAACUGUGGAAGAAUAUGAAUCUAGAGAGCGGAAGAAACCAUCUAUUGGGAAGGAGUAUUUCCAUCAUAUGAACCUUGAGGCAAUUGUUACAAACUAUCCGUACAGAAAGAAUUUGCCACUGGAAGAUAUGAAGAAAGAAAGUCAAAUACGAUUAGCUUUGAUUGAUUUCUUGAGGGGUCUUGUUGAGUUUGAUCCUGCAAAACGGUGGUCCCCUUUUCAGGCUUCAAAACAUCCUUUUGUAACUGGGGAACCUUUCACAUGCCCAUACAAGCCUCCCCUGGAGACCCCUCGUAUGCCUGUUUCCCAAAAUAUCAAGGUGGACCAUCACCCAGGUGGAGGGCAUUGGUUUGCUGCUGGUCUGUCUCCUAAUAAUCAUGGAAGGGCCAGAGUUUCCUUGCAUAAUAGCCCACAUUUCCAGGCAGUUCCAUAUGGUCAUGGUGCUAGUUAUGGUAGUGUUGGAAGCCAUGGUAGCUAUAAUGAUGGUAUUGGCCUUGGAAGCAGCUAUGGAAGCUAUGGAGAUAGCAGUAAUAUGUUUGCAUAUUAUUCACCAGUUGCUCCAUCUGGCAUGAACAUGCAUCCACAGGCUGGUCUGUCAAUGCUUGGAAAUAGUCCAGAUGCAAGAUGGAGGUUUAUGCAAUAUUCACAUGGAAAUGGUCUUGGUAUGAGUCCAUCUGCAGGAAAUUUUGCACCACUUCCCCUUGGAACCAGUCCUUCACAGUUUACUCCACCAAGCUCCUACAGUCAAGCUUCAGCUGGUUCUCCUGGACAUUAUGGUCCAACUUCCCCUGCAAGAAGCUGCAGUCAUGGAUCGCCUCUAGGAAAAAUGGCUGCAGUUACACAAUUUAAUAGAAGAAAAAGUUGGGGGCAUCCUGGAAGUUAUCAAUCUCAAGAUUGUACAUCUUCAAAUUGGCAAGGACAAUCCACUGAUGGUGCUUGUUCUAACCAAUCUGAGGAAAAUCCAUCAGUACUUGGUAGUUCACCCUCACAUCGGCAGUCAAGCUGGAUGCAGCAACAAGGAGGCAGUGGAAGUGCAGCUGGUCCCUCAACCAUUCAGAGUAUUCAAGGCUCGUUUAAGCCUGCUUCUAAUAUGAAAUGUACUCGAAGUGCAGGGCCUAUUCAUGAUAAGCCCGAGGCUAGCCUCUCACUGCCGGAUCCAGGGGACUGGGAUCCCAAUUACAGCGAUGAACUUCUUCUUCAAGAGGAUGGUUCUGAUGUGAGUUCCAUAAGCACUGAGUUUAGCAAUAGCAUGCAUCUUGGUUCUGGUGUUCCAGUGGUAGGUGUUGGAAGAUCCAACCGAUCCUCAAAUGCAAGCUCCAGCUCAUUAAACCAAAGAAAUGGACCUUUACAUGCAUUUGCACAUGUUGAUGCGGGAAGCCCGCCUUCAGCACAUGAUCUUCAUGCUGGAUAUGGUCGUUCAAUGUCAAAGCCUUCAUACUUUACACCUCAUAUCUCACAAAAUUCUCCAAGCCGUUUAGGACAGCAACCCCCCCAGCGGUUUAGUCAUGGAAGGCCUACUGUUCGGGGUAGUGAAUGGAAUCAUAUAAAGGCCCAGCCCCCUCCAUCCAGCUUCAAUUCCGGAGGGCAACGUUCUCCAGGAAGUAGUUCAUUGAACAACAGCAUGCCAUGGGGGCGUAGGGCCAAUUUCAAUAGCAUCCCACCACCAUCCCGAGGAAGAAAAGACUUUGAAAGGAUUGCCUAGUUUCGUAGCCACCUGAAUUUCUUACUGCGAUGAUUUUGUUAUUGAGUGUUGGAAGAAAGUUGUUCCCCAUUAUUAGUUCACAUACUUAGUGGGCUGUUGCUUCGAAAAUCUUCAUCUGAAACAUGCUCAUUCAUUAUGCUUGCAUAAAAAUAUAAAGCAUCAUUGUGGUUUCCGUCAUUCUCUGAUUUUUGACAUG